AUGAAAAAAUUAUACUCCAAAUAUAGCAAAACCCUCCUCCUCCGAGGGAUGAUAAAUGGGCGUCACUGGUCCCAGCCACUAAACUGCCACAUUACUAUUUUAAACCUACUUGAAGCGAUGUUUCCGAUCUGGAUUAUCGCCAAGCGCAACACUACGCCGACGGCUGAAAAAGCAGUUAACAACCUACCCAUGGGAUACCCAAUUCUACAGCAACCUCCAAUGGGGACUCCAGGUCAGCCUCAUAUAAAUUCCAUGGGUAUGUCUAGCUGUCAUGUGGUCAAUGGAGUCCCUAAUCCUAGUAACUUUCAUCCCAUACAAAUGAACUCUAGAAACGAGAGUAUGGUAAUGGAUGGCAAUGCAGGUGGAGGUGGUGGUCGUGUAACUCCAAUUCCGGUUAAUGGGGCGAUUUCAGCUAUGUCAGAUAUGCCUAUAAGUCCUACGUCAGUGGCAUCCAGUGGUCAUUCUCCCUUCACUACAUCUGAACUAUCAGGAAUGGGAGUUGACACGUCAGCACUUGACACGGAGUUUACAUCUGACGUGGCAAGUACUGUUGGAUUGCAUCUACCACAAGAUAAUGGAAAUUCUAGAUCUUUUGGUAAAAUUCCAUGGAAUUUCAGCCUUUCAGGUCUAACAACAGACUUGUCGAACCUAGGAGAUCUAGGGGCUCUUGGAAACUAUCCUGGUUCAGCCUUUCUGCCUUCUGAUUCAGAUAUAUUACUUGAUUCUCCUGAGCAAGAGGACAUUGUGGAGGAGUUCUUUGUUGAUUCUGUUCCCGGACCACACAACUCACAGUCAGAUGAAGAUAAGGCUUAG